AUGACGUCCAAGUUCAAAGUAGGAGACAAGGUUGAGGGUUUCUUGAUGGUGACCCCAGCUACGUGUCUCAAGUUUCGAGCCAUUGUCACAGCAGCACCGGCUCAGGGCGGGAACCAAUGGACCGUGGAGACGCGCGAGGCUCUCGGAGCAUACAGCGAGAAUGGCGUCGCGGUCGUUGAGUGGGAGACGAUUGUUGCGAGGUGCAUGACUGUUUACUCGCACGAGCUGGAGACGUGGAAAGCGUGGGAUGGCUGUGACUAG